AAAAACUACUGCAGUGGGGAAUAUGUAUUUUCCUAUACUUCAAUGAAAGCGAUUUAAAUCACCGAAGACUUGUAAAAUUAGACGUACAAUCCUCCCACUAUUUAUUUUUAAUGGGACUCAUAAUAAAAAUUAUCUAUUCAUUGACACCUGUAGUCAUUUUAUCACAUUUCCUGCUCAGCACGCAUUGAGUAUUCGUGGAAAACUCUAAGCGACGAUAUGUUAUCUUCAUUUUCAGUAUUUAUAUGGGCUUCUGCCGCAUUUGCUACGUGUGAUGUUCAAUCUACUGUAGAAUAUAGGCCCGUUGAAAAUAGACGAGACUCAUAUUCACCUCAACGAUUGGAAACUCGUACGACUUCUUUGUUUGCAUCACAUAAUCAACAACCUAGCUUCCCUUACAGAUUUGUAUUUCCUGCCAACCAUCCUGCUAAUCAUGCUGUCAAUCAACCAAAUAAUCAUCCUACAUUUUCCGUGCCAACUUUUUCACAGUAUGUUAAUACUCCUCAUUCAUCCUUUAACAUCCAUUCUGAACUUGGAUACUCUGGAGAAAUUUUUGCUCAUCACCAGUCAGAAAAUAAUAAAAAUAAGCAAAUUUUGCCCGAUUUUGAAUUAGUCAGUGCUAAACCACAACAGUUGAACGAAGGGUUUACUAAACAUGUCACUCAUCAGCAACAGCAACCACAUUCGAUAAGAUUGAUCAAGCAAAAUAAACUCCCAAACAUUGGUUCUUCUAUUAUUGCUGCUCAUCAAUCGUAUCCUUUUGUUCCAAAUGGAUACCAACAUGUAGACUCACCGACUUCUUCUUUAAACCAACCAAUAAUGUUAUUACUUUCGUCUGGACAUCCAGAUAUCCCUUAUCAAUCAUUACUGCUGGUACCGACACCAGGGCCUGUACCUCCACUUCCAACAGCCUUUCCUAGCUACCCUCAAUUUCAACAAUCCACAUUCCAUACUCAGUCACAGUUGCCACCUCAACUUACCGGAGGAUUUGUUCCAAAUUCUCGAGGAAUACCACUUAUGGUAACUAGCUACUCAGGUUUUCAAUCGUUACCUCCGUCCAAGUAUUCCAAUGCACAGUUAUUCCAUAGAUCACACGAACCGCCACAACAACAGGAUUCACAUCAUCAUCAACAACAGUUGUAUCAUCUACAACAAAGAAAUAAAAAUGUUCAAUUGCAUGAAAAAGAACAAUUAUAUCAAGAACAACAACACCAAAAUAAUGAGGUGUAUCCGAACACAGUAAUUCAUGAUGGAAUUUCGCCUCAGCAUCUGUUCGAAGACAAAGUUGGUGCACAUACAGGUAUUUCUAAUGAGAGUUCAUCAGUGGAGGUUGGCGAAGAAGGUAAAAAAUCGUUGGAAAUAAAAGUAGAACCACAAGAAGUAGCACUAGAUUUUGGCGAAAAGACAUCAUCAAAAUUGAUGAAGAGAAUAAUAGUCGCAUAAUCUUUUAAAUCUUAAGCACCUCAGAUAUUCAAAUUUUUUUUAUAAAGUAUUCAUUUUAAUAUUUUCUGUAAAUAAGAUGCCCUUAUCAAGAUAGUGUAAGUUCAUUCAGUCAAAUGGUUGACUUACUUGAUAAAAAUUCAGGAGUUUUCUAAAGAAAAAGUGUUUUAAUAAUUUAUAGAACAAUAUUUAUGUAAGUAAUUUAUUGUAAUGUAUAAAAUUAAUAGUUUAUCUGAUAUUGUUAUUAAUUUAGAUCUGUUGCCAAUAUGUGUACUUAAAUUAGUACAUUGAAACAAUCGUUUUAUUA